AUGUAUAGUCUGCAAAUACUGACCAACAAACUUCGAACAGCCGUGCACCUGACUCGCAAGAGGAAUGAGGCAAUCCAACGUCUCGACGAGGCCGAACGAGUGCUCCAAAACUUGGUACUUGCUGACCCCGGGGUUGCGGGAGCUUAUUUCGAGAAUAAGUGGAAAGAGCAAAAGACCCGGCAGCUUGAUGUGAUUAAUGAAACCACAAAAGAGAAGCGGGAGCGCCUCCUUGUACUCCUGGGCUUAGAAGAGGAGCUUGUUGUAGCACGGUGUGUUCUCAAAUUAGAUGUCACUGCCUGUUUAUUCUCGGCUGAUGCUAAAUUACUAUGCAGUGAUCGCCUGAGGGCUAUUCAAGCUAAACGUCGAAGAGCCAGGACCGAGGCCGACAACAACGAACUUAUGGCACUUCCAGGUACUGUGGCUGAUGUUGAAGAACAGAUUGAAGCCAUGGCCAAUGAGCUUGGUGGUGUUCAGUUUCGAGAUCUAGCGGAUGCAUCUCGGGAUCAGAGGAAUGCACUUCUAACCAUCUCUUUGGCACGGGGGAAGCUGUAUGAAAGUAGGGUUGGACUGACUGAGGCUCGCCUGCGACGACAUCGACACACAGGCGCGCGGCAACAACAAUAUAUGGCCAAACAUCUAGGAGAUCGAACUAAAGAUGUUCGAGUCAAGCACCAGACCUACCAGCGACGUGUAGAUAAAUACCGGGAAGAUUUUCCAGACGCUGUGCAGCCCAAAAUGCCAGACCUGGCGGCUGUCAUGUCCAUGGAAAUGGACGACCCAUUUUGGAAUCGAGGGGAAGAAGCGCCAGAGGACCGUGAAGCAGGCGAGAGGGACCGUGUUGGCAUUGCAAGCUUCUUGUCGGAAAGAAGUGCUCGCGAAGAGCUGCGACGUAUUGCGAGAGAAGUUCGUCAGAUGACAGGUUGGGCAAAUAUGUAUUAUGGUCGUGUACAGGGCUUGAAGCGGCGAAGCGAACAAGCAGAGGGAGCAACAUUGCGAAAUAGGCUGAAGUCACUGUAUAACAUAGUGUCCAAGAAAAUGUGCCGGCUUUGGAAGAAAUGGAGCAAUGGCCUCAAACAGGCACUUCAAGAUACACGCGCAUAUUUGCAAGGCACCACGGAACAGGAUCAAGGAUUGAAAGUAGGUUUUGACACAGUAAGUGAAUGGGCCAAUACGGAGUGGAAGACAAUGGCUGGAAAGCCGGCCAUUCAAGCUGAGGAGCCAGAUGUGUAUGAAGAAGAAGAGGAAGCUGAGUAUGAAAUGUUGUAUGACAUGAAUGGCGAACUAAUCUAA